UACUGUUGCUUAAAGACCCAGCAAGGCUCAGGUCAGAGUUGGGUGGAGCUUUACUGGGAACAAUAUAACGUUACCACACUGCGUUAUCAUCUGUGUUAAAUCUGAUGUCAAUUCCAUCACAUAUUAGUAGAGGCUUUUUUUUCAAGUCUGCCCCAAGGUGACCAACCGACAUUGCCAAUAACUUAAGUUUCAGCUUAACUUAGAAUAGUUUGUCAGCUAUGGCUGUUGAAGCUGAAGUGCAGUUUUACACUGGGCACAUUUAUACAGUUUGGACUCCACAUGCGGUCGUCAACAGAGAUCCAAAUACAGAAGAUGCAAGUUAGGGUUAAUUUUAAACAAGCUUUGGUUCACGUAGGCUGGAUUUUUUUAGCGCUGUUGUUUUUCUCAGAACAGCUGUGUCUUGCAGACAAACUCAAGGCUGUUGCCUCAGUCACCAGAAAUAAGCUGCACAGGAAGAGGAAGUGUUUACCUACAUUGUACUUUAUUUAAACCUUAAGUCAGUCUCAUGCUGAGAAAGUCAGUAGCAAGACACCAUGGAAGUCACGGCUCUCUGCAUCAGACUGUUGAUAAAUGUCGCGGUGUUGCUGCCUGCACAGGUUCAGCACAGCUACUCUCACAGAGCUGAAGCAACUUUUCCUCGUAUCGUUCCAUCCAGACUUCAAUUCUUUGAGUAUGAGCCUUUCUCUGUAAACUGUAAGGACUUUUCCCAUGAUUUAACCAAAUGGACAGUGAUGAGGAAUAUUAAGGGAACCAAUACUACAUGUAAAGAUGAAUCUGAGACGAGAGGAACCUACAACAUUACAAAUGCCUUUCCAAUGGACAGUGGAGAAUACUGGUGUGAGGUCGACGGAAAGAAGAGCAACAAGGUCAACAUCAUAGUGACAGAAGGAUCUGUGAUCCUGGACAGUCCUGCUCCUCCUGUGAUGGAGGGAGACAAUGUGACUCUGCGCUGUAGAAACAAGGAGACCUUCAACAUUGAAGCUGAUUUCUAUAAAAAUGGCGUCCUCAUGUGGAGAAGCUCUACGGUAGAGAUGACCAUCCGCAGUGUUUCCAAGUCUGAUGAAGGACUCUACCAGUGUAAAAUGUCUGGCAUUGGAGAAUCAGCAGAGAGCUGGCUGGCUGUCAAACCAUACCAAGAAGAGACUCCUCUUCCUCAAAGUCGCCCAUCUCGUGUUUUUAUCCUGCUUUGCACGGUUAUCACUAUUUUACUUGUGGCUCUGCUCCUCCUGUUGGUGGUGGGACUUCACUAUAUGAAGCAAAGAGGUUCCACAACCUCUCAUCCCUCCUUUCCAAUGUCCUCUCCUCUACAAACAGAGGCGAGUGUAGGUGGUCAACAACUGGCAACAUAUGCUGUCGUCACAAAACCCAGGGCGGAAAAAGAUGAGGAUGAAUCCUUGACCACGCCUACUUACUAUACUUUAAGCAUUGUAAUAGGACCAGGAGUAUCCAGCUCUGCUGCGACACCAGUUCCCUCUGCGAGUAUCAACCAGCUUUUAAAAGAAGAUGAUCGCUUUUAUUAUUCAUUCAAUUAGGCAAAACUUCAAUCUGGUCUACAGUGUCUCUUUGCCAUAUAUUUUUAUAGAGCAGAAAGUUUUACUUUUUGGAGUUAAAGUUAAAAUAAUUUUGAUCAACCAAUCAGCACAAGCACGUUUUUUGCAGAUUUAAUGUUUGUAUAUCCUGCGGUAAUGGAGAGUACUGACAGCCAGCUGAAGGAGAGAGGAGGGUUUUUUUCUGAUGUUUUGAACUUAUCAGAUGAAGUGUUGAAAAAUAAAGAACUGUUUAUUUUUGAAAAUAAAAAAAAAUUGUAAAAAUUGUGUUGAUUCAAACAUUAAUGAAUGCAUGAAUUGUUGUGAAAAGGCGACAGGCCGUA